AUGGCUUUAAUAGAAAGAUUAGAAAAAAUGCCUAUUGCUCCAACUCAAUCUUCUCCAAUGGAUCGGGUCUACAGACGCAUUGAUUUUGAGCAACUGAAAAUGCCUAUUGGGUUUAUUCGGCUUCUUGAAGCGGUUUUCUGUCUGAUUGUUUUUGCUGCUUUUCACGGAUGGCAAUUCGACCUUGAUAUAAAGUGUGGCCCUCCAACAAAAAUAAAUCAAACAGAAAGAGCAACAUAUGAAUAUCAUUCUCUUGAUAUUAGUGGCUAUAAAGUCCAUCGAUGUAAUGAUUCGGAUACUGAAGUUUUUCUAUUCAAGGAUGACUUCGGCUCUGGCACUGAUUUCUACUCAUAUCUAAUUCCAUUAUCUUUAUUCUUGACAACCGGUAUGUUGCUCUUCUACAUUUUCUCCUAUGGAGUUUAUGCAAGUGAUGACAGAUUGCCUAUUCUUGAUUUAACAGUAACUGCUCUCUUGGCUGUUUUUUGGAUGUUUGGGACUUUAUUCUUUUCAAUUUCUGCACGUAGAAUUGAAGAAGCUACAAAACCUGAAAAUGUAAAUGCAACACUUGCGGCAAUAGAUAUUUGUGGGGGCAGAAAGUGUGAAUAUACUUCUUAUUCAGUUCACGCAACUUUGGCGAUUGCUUCGCUUGCUGGUGUUGGUCUUUUUAUUCUUUUUACUGGAAAUAUUUGGUAUAUUUACAAAGAAACUCCAUAUUUUCGAAAUCGCCAAUCAAGACGUAAUUUGCACCACAAUAACUUGCCGGCGGCAGAGCCCUACACUUUGGAAUGA